GUACAUAUAGUUGAGCUGAGUGGACAACUCGCCCCCAGCCGUACAGGAUCAUCGAUCAAUGGACGAGUGCGCGAGUAAUUGUUGUGUUUGGAGAGAGCAUCGGAGACUUUCUGCCGGCGUGUGGCGCACUGCACUCCACUUGAUCUUCAUCCGUGCGUACAUAUUUCCAGCAGUUGACUGGGUUGGAACUAUGGAAUCAGCCUCUAUGUACUGCAUGAAAGAUGGCUAUGGACAUGACAUGUACAGCCAGCACCGGUAAAUAGUAGCAGCAUCGCAAGCCUGUCGUCACAGAGCUUUGUUCGGGGGAAAUCAGCGUUCAAGCGAGUCGGUUGCAUGCUACCGCUUUCCGUCUGCUGCUCAUCCAUUGCCUCUCGUAUACGCACACGCCCAGA